UGCGACCGACAGUAAAAUACGACGGUGCAGUUCGCUUCGACACGUUCGAUACGAAAGAAACCGCGCGUCACAUUUGUGCAAGGUACUAAUCGCAUAGAGCAAACGUUCCGCCGUAUACCUCGUGCUUGCAUUCUGCUUUGGGCGAACCCGCGCGCAAUUAAACUCGCGCAAGUUCAAACAAACGAACUUUGCGACCGCCCUCGCUAACGCGGUCAAAGUUCACUCGGCGACCUUGCGCGCCGCGAUUGAUAACGAAACGGCGACACGUUCUCAGCAGCUUCCGCUUUUGCGAUUCCGUCGUUGAUUGCUCGAAUUUCAAGCAAUUCCGACGCGCUAGAAUCGUAAUACGCGAAUCCGUGAUACGCGGUUUGUGUGUCCCGCGCGCAUUUCGCGAGAACGAGCGCCGCACGCGCUUCGCCUCUCGUACGUACGCGCGUGUGUACACACAUACGUACAUACGUUCAUGUGUACAUAAAUCUGUUCGCGCUUACAUACGUUUGCACGGUGCUAACAUUUUUCCGUGACACACACCGGAAGUCCGCGGUUCGCCGAGCAAACACGCACGUCGUACGUGAAAUUUCAAGAAUUUCGCGCGCCGCAAACAUUUGUUGGCGGACCGUCGUCUCGGGUGGCGAAACGCGCGUGCGAGCGGAAGCGCGCGCGCGCACACGUGUCUUUCGAAGCCGCCCGUUGUUGCCGCCAAGAAAGAGGAAAGCGUCAAAAAGACUCAAAAACAUCGAUAUCCACGGCAUCGUUGGCGGCUAAAGUAAUUCUUAGCGUCUCCGAAUCGUUGGAUCGCGGAAGGAAAGGAGCCGUCGUGUGACUACGGAACGACCUAAUUAAACAAAUUCGGAGUUAUGAUUGAUGCAAAUGGCGGACUGAACGACAAUAAGAAGCCGGAUGUUUCGUGGCAGAAAAUUCUCACCGAUCACAAUGAACAUCUGCGUAUCUACAGUUUCGAGAAGAGUUCGCUCAGGACCAUUCUGACAUACGUGUCGUACAUAUUGUCCAUCGGAUUCGUCCGACUGUUUUUUCACUGGUAUCCCCGGUUGCAUUUGUACGCGACUCAUCAAACGUGUACCUUGAGCCGCGCGACAAAAAUAUUAGUCAUAGAUGAUUAUCAGGGACACGAGUCGUAUUUCGUGCGAGAUGUGCAGACAAUUUCUAUUACGGACACAAGCGCGAAGAUUUCGCCGGACAAGAUCAAGGAUAAGAAAUUGAGAAUCGCUCUGGAGAACGGCACGCGUUGCGAGAUACACGAAUACAAGGCCUUUUUCUGCAAGAAGAGAUGUUACAUCUGGGACGAGACGAAGAGCGAGUUUUCGCGACUCGUGGGACUCGAUCACGGGACGACAUGUUCCGAUCUUCAUCUCUCGAGCAACGUUGGCUUGUCCAAGGAGGAGCAAUUACUUAGACGCAUUGUGUACGGAAACAACGACAUUGUCGUGCCGGUUCAGAGCAUUGGCGUAUUGUUGCUGCUGGAGGUUUUGAAUCCGUUUUACAUCUUCCAAGUAUUUACUUUAGCCGUGUGGUUCGCCGAAGGAUAUCUGUAUUACACUAUAGCUAUAGUGCUGAUGUCGUUGUUCGGUAUAACGAGCUCUAUAGUGCAAACGCGAAAGAAUCAAUUAAAUUUACGCGGCACCGUCACGUCCUCGGCAAACGUGCGCGUGCUUCGGGACACCGGUAUCUUCGAGGAUAUCCCCAGUAAGGAAUUAGUUCCCGGUGAUCUGAUAGAAUUACCGAAGCAUCAAGCGACUCUUGUGUGCGACGCGGUUUUAUUAACUGGACAAUGUAUAUUAAACGAAUCAAUGCUGACGGGCGAGUCUGUGCCAGUAACGAAGACGUCGUUGCCAUCGGGCAAUGUGUUGUACGACGCUAAAGAGUUUACGCAUCACACGUUGUACAGCGGUACUACGAUAAUACAAACUAGAUAUCGCGGCGAUCGGCCAGUUCUCGCAAGAGUAAUCAGAACUGGUUUUCUAACUAAUCGAGGUGCUCUGAUCGCGGCUAUACUUUAUCCGCCUCCGGCCGAUUUCAAAUUCGAUAAGGAUUCUUAUAAAUUUAUCGGCAUUCUAGCUGUGAUCGCAACUUGCGGUUGUAUAUAUACCAUAGUAACCAAGGUUUUGAGAGGAAUUCCGGCUGGCGAUGUGGCGAUUAAAGCUCUAGAUAUCAUUACGAUAAUCAUACCGCCGGCGCUGCCGGCCGCGAUGACCGUAGGAAAGCUGUACGCGCAAGCGAGAUUGAAACGCGCGCAAAUCUAUUGCAUUAAUAACAGGGUCAUCAAUGUUUCCGGCAGUAUAAAUUGCGUGUGUUUCGAUAAGACAGGAACGUUAACCGAAGAUGGUUUAGAUAUGUGGGGCGUCGUGCCGUGUACAAACGGCGUUCUUGGCGAGGCCGAGACAGAUGUACCCAAGCUGAAGAAUCAUCCCCUUUUCGAAGGGAUGCUGGUUUGUCACGGUCUGACCCUUAUCGACGGCGAGCUCGGCGGCGAUCCUUUGGACGUGAAGAUGUUCGAAAGUACCAAAUGGAUGUUGAAAGAAUCGGAUUGCACUCACGUAGACAAACACGACGCGGUAGCGCCGGUGAUCGUGGGACCGCCGCCGCAGAGCGCAAAUUGGACGGGAAAUUCGAGCGACGUUUCGGAGAUCGGUAUAAUACAUCAGUAUCAGUUCGCGAGCUCGUUGCAACGAAUGUCCGUAAUUACGCGCGCGUCAAACUCGGAUGGCUUUCGAGCCUACACGAAAGGCUCUCCCGAAAUGAUAAUCAGUCUGAGCAAAGCGGAAACUGUGCCGAACGAUAUUUCGCUCACGAUGGAGCGAUACACGAGACACGGUUACCGCGUAAUAGCCAUAGGUCGUCGAGCAACAAUUUCUGAAACUAGCGCGGAGGUGUCAAAACUGUCUCGAGAAAUGGUCGAGCAGGAUUUGGAAUUCUUAGGGCUGGUCAUUCUGGAAAAUCGACUUAAACGACCGACCACACCGGUUAUUGCGGAAUUAAGAGAAGCUAAUAUACGCGUGGUGAUGAUUACUGGAGAUAAUAUUCAGACCGCGGUGAGCGUCGCGAGGGAUUGCGGAAUACUUUCGGCCGCGGAACACGUGGUAAACGUAGCGGUAACUUUGACGGGAGAAAAAGAUCAGCCGGAAAUAUCCUUUAACGUUCAAUCUCGAUCUCAGAAAUUAACACAGGAUCAAGUCUUCACCUCGUCGACGAUCGAAGACGUGGAACGCGGUAUACCCAGUUGUAAUUACAGAUUCGCUCUAACGGGUCAAACGUGGCAAGCGUUACGGGAACACUAUCCCGACCUCGUAGGCCGCAUUUGCGUGCGCAGCGCGAUAUUUGCCAGAAUGAGCAGCGAUCAGAAGCAACAAGUGAUCAUGGAACUUAUGCGGCUCGGUUAUUACGUAGCUAUGUGCGGAGAUGGUGCUAACGAUUGCGGAGCAUUGAGGGCUGCGCACGUCGGCAUAUCGCUCUCUGAAGCGGAAUCCAGCGUGGCGAGUCCUUUCACUUCUAGAAUAGCUGACAUAACUUGCGUUCCGAAGGUGAUACGAGAAGGACGUGCCGCGUUAGUCACGUCGUUCGGAAUCUUCAAAUUUAUGGUCGGAUAUUCCCUCACCGAAUUUCUGUCGGUCAUAAUAUUGUACUCUAUCGACUCGAAUUUAACGGAUCUGCAGUUUUUGUUUAUCGACAUUUGUUUGAUCAUCAAUUUCGCCUUCUUCUUCGGCAAGACACGCGCGUACAACAAGAAACUGUCCAAGACGCCGCCGCAGACGAGUUUGUUGAGCUUCACGCCACUUUUGUCUCUGAUGGUGCACAUGUUCCUGAUGACCGUUUUCCAAGCGAUAGCGUAUCACGCUGUCCGGGAGUUUUCCUGGUUCGUGCCGUUCGUACCCACGAGCAACGUCGGAUACACGUGCUACGAGAACUACUCGGUCUUUUGCAUCUCCAUGUUCCAGUACAUCACGAUGGCGAUCAUAUUUUCGCGCGGCAAACCGUACAGACGCGCGAUCUACACGAACGGCGCGUUCACGUUUUCUAUAUUUUUGCUAACUGUAAUAUGCGUUUACAUCACAAUUUAUCCCGCGCAGUGGAUAUUACACGCGCUGCAAUUAAUCUUACCGCCCGAUUACGAUUGGAGAGUCAUCAUUAUUGCGCUCGCGCUGGCCAAUUUUCUCAUGUGCCUCUUCGUCGAGAGCUUCGUGAUCGAGCGCGUGAUCGAAAACACGCUGAAGAAAAAACUGUACAAACCGGAAAAAUCGAAGAAACAAUAUUUGAGAAUAGAGUACGAAUUGAAGAAUUGCGAGGACUGGCCGAAGUUCGGCAGACAGCGGCCGAUAUUUUCUAUUCGGCGGAAGGACAGCGUGUCGCAAAAUAACAACGCGAAUAUUACCGGUCGUCGUGCAAUCAACGUUUCGUGUAUCAAUCAAACGGCGAACGACGUCAAUCCGAUCACGUUAACGGGCGAUAAUAAGAUCGUGAAGGAGAGCGGAUUUGAAAAUCUCGGUUUCGUAGCCGAUCACCUAUAAUAAGUACAAAAACUAAAAUUAAAAUCAAUCACAGAUUUGUGUAUGUAUAUGUAUAUUUUUGUAUGUUGGUUUUCUCGCGUAAGUCGUUUCUAACGAUAUAGCGAUUGCGACAUUUGUUGUGUUGCAAUCCGAUGAUGACAGUAUUCACGUGAAUUAUUGAGAAGUGUGUAAAUUUGCAUUUGCAAAUUUUUAUAUUAUGACAUUAAGUUUAUAUUAUAAUAUUAACUGGUCGAACUUCUUUUGUAGAAAAAGACGUGUGUUUUCAACUUUUAUAUAUAAAACUUAAAUAUAACUUAGAGAUAGUAAUAUAUAAAACCUAGAGAAAUCAUGUUCGCAAGAUAAAUUCAUAAAGAAAAUACAGUUUUUUCUACUAGCAAUUUAAUUUUAACGUGUGCUUGUAAAGAAAAGUCGCAUUUGUUGUAACUAUGAUUUCUCGUAUAUUUUGUGUAAUGGUUUUUGCUACUUUAGUUUUUUUUUUUUUUUUUUUUUUUAACGCAAAUAUGUAUUAAAAGUUUUUUUAAUACGUAUAAUAGAAAUCUUUGAUUGCAUCGCGCGUGCACUUUUCCGGCACGAUAGUGCAACUUAGAAAUAUUUUGUUCUCAAUGAGGAAAAUAGUUUUAAUUAAAUAUUUUUAUAGAUAAACUAACACAUAC